AUGAGCGGCGCAGGUCCUUCGACCAGGCCCGUCAAGUCGGCGAAGCGAACACCCAAUCCUCGUAUCGAUGUCAUUACCAUUCUCGACAGCGACGAGGAGAACAACGCGCCAGCUGCGAAGCGCGCCAAGAUGAAUGCAAAGACCAGGUCGUCAAGCUCCACCGCCCAGCAGCGCGGCAAGAGCAAGUCAUCGGUGCCUUAUACGGCGCCCAUCUACGUGACCACCUCCGCCAGCUCAACCAGCUUGAAGGACUUCUUCCGUCCCCCAAGCCGUACCACUGCCAAGGCUUCUCCAGUUGUCGACGACUGCAAGCUCAAUGAUGCUGUGGUGAGCGCCGAGACUGAGGCAUUCUUCGCAUCGUGGCGAGCUCGGCAGGUUUGGUCCCAGCUCCUCCCCCGGCGGCGUCGAGCUCUUGGGACCCCGCCCCCGUACGUCCUGCCUUCCCCCUCAGUCACUGACAAACAGCCGCCCGUUCGCACCGACGAUGACAUCAAGGUUGUCCGCUUCUCCAAGGGCAAGGGCAAGGAGAAGCCCGAAGACGCGCGCCAGCUCAAGAAGCACACGGACGCCAAGGCCCGCGCCGACAAGGCCAAGCUCGAGCAGCAGGAGAAGAAGGAGAGGAAGUCUCAGCGCGACGCUAAGGUACGUGCGCCUUCCUCGGUGGUGACUGACCCAGUGCAGCGCAAGGAGCUGAAGAAGCGCCUCGACGCCGAGUCGGAUAGGGAUUCAUCCGACGAUGAGGUAUGGAUCACUGGUGUCACGUCGCUGACGACAGGAGCAGGACAACUCAUGGGCUCUCCCAAAGGAGCUGUACAGGUGCGGGCAUCGAAUCAUCGAGAUAGAAAGCAGGGCAAAAAGAAGGACCUGGGACCUAUCAAAGUGACUUAUGAGGAGAUGUAUGGACCGGAGAAGAACAAUGAGGUCCCGCUCGAUGACAAGCAGCAGGAGGAUGCCGCCAAUGCUGCCGAUGCCCCAGCGAGGUUGUUAACCACGUCCGGAUCGGUCAGCAGUCCAUCCGAGUCGGCCAGUUCAUCUACGUCGCUCAGCAGUCCAUCAGCGACCUCGGCCGGUCGUUCAGCCUCCAUCGAUCCUCCUCCCCCAUCUAAGCCCAAGCCCGAUUCUCCAGCCCCCAUCUCCCCCAGCAGCGCGCGAACUGCAGACCACGACAGUAUCGACGUACUUGACAAGAUCGCACACUCCCUCGAGUACAUCUACCGGCAACGCAACUUGAACCUGUACUUCGAAACCGAUCUCAACUCGACGUCGAAAAGAAACAAGGUUGCGAAUGACGUCCUCGCCAAUCUCGCCCCAGGGGCUCUGCAGAUCCUCGCUGACGGCAGGCGUCUGGCAGUUCCCCCUAUAUAA